GAUGAGAGAGAGAAGAGGAAGUGAGUCACAAGAACUACGACAUAAAACCGAACCCAAUUCAAUUCUCCUUUUUUCAGACCAAACACAAAGGGAGAGAGAACAUUAAUGGAAGACGUACGGAAGAUCGUGGUGGUUGUAGAAGAUAAAGAAGCGGCGAGGACGGCGUUGCAAUGGGCACUUCAUAACCUCCUCCGUCAAGGUGACAUCAUAGUCCUACUCCACGUAAUCUCUCCUCCGCCGCGCAAGAAGAAAUCUACGGCGGCGCGUCUCCUCCGCCGCCACGGAUACCAUCUCGCCCUCUCUUUCCGUGAAAUCUGCGACGCUUUCUUCAACACGAACACGGAGAUCAUUGUGAGAGAAGGAGACGAAGAUGGAAGGACGAUAGCUGAAGUGGUGAAAGAGAUUGGUGCUUCGACGCUUCUCGUGGGUCUCCAUCAGAACAGCUUUCUUUACAGAUGGUCAACGAGUGGGAUUGAUGUAACUAGAAACUUGGGCUGCAAAGUGAUUGCUAUAAAGCAGCCUUUGGCGGAAGAGUCGCCGCCGGGAAAACUGAAGGGACGCAUGACCUCACAUACGACGGCGACAUCAGAUAGCUUAACUAACUUUGACUUCUCUCAAAUCGAAAUUUCUGGAUUACAGGUUCCUGAGAUUCGGACACCUAAAGUGCCAUACAGAUUAUGUCCGAGUCCUCGUGCGAUACUAUGGAGAUCAACACCACGGAGAUCUAAAGCCCGAUACGUUGUCGCUUCAUAGUCUAAGAUUUUUAUUCCAAACAAUAGGAAAGAAACAAAACUCACCCCUCAAUUUUUGUGUCAAAGAAAGAAACAAAUUUUACUCCAUACCAAAAAAUUAUUUGUUUUCAACUAACUAUACAGACUCACUGGCUA